AUGAACAUGUUCCCUAAUUACUUUGUAAUCCAUUGCUUGUUUUGUUCCAGGAACCUCGCAGCGCCGGUUAAGACGACGCAGUCAUCAAACACGUCUUUGGAAACUUACUCGACAUUGCAGAAAGAAUCGUGCCACAGGUUGGAUUUCUUGGUAGAGCGUCAGAAACAAUUAUGUAUGCUAUCCGACAAGAUGGUUCAGGUGUUGCAAACCGGGGCCCAGCAGGCAGUCGAAGAGUGUCAAUAUCAGUUCAGAAACAGCCGUUGGAACUGCAGUACCGUCGAGAAUUCAACUGACAUCUUCGGUGGCGUACUUAAAUUUAAAUCACGUGAAUCAGCAUUUGUCCACGCACUAUCAGCUGCUUCUUUAGCCCAUGCUGUGGCCAGAGCUUGCAGUCGGGGAGAAUUGAAUGAAUGUUCCUGUGACGCUAGGGUUAGGAAACGUACUCCACGACAUUGGCAAUGGGGUGGAUGCUCGGAGGAUAUAAGAUAUGGUGAGAAAUUCAGUCGUGAUUUUGUGGACGCCAAAGAGGAUAAGGAAUCUGAAGAAGGGAUCAUGAAUUUGCACAAUAAUGAGGCUGGUCGAAGGGCUGUACGCGGUCGUAUGCAGCGUGUAUGCAAAUGUCACGGUAUGUCUGGUUCGUGUUCAGUACGUGUUUGUUGGCGUCGUCUACCACCUUUGAGAGCAGUUGCUGAUGCUUUAUCCACGAGAUACGAGGGAGCUAGUCAUGUUAAGGUUGUUGAAAGAAAAAAAGGGAAGAAUAUUCGGAAAUUGAGACCAAUCCAUCCGGACAUGAAGAAACCAAAUAAAACCGAUUUAGUUUAUUUGGAAGAAUCACCGGAUUAUUGCGAGCCAAAUGAAGAACUAGGCAUUCUUGGUACACGUUCUCGAACCUGCAACCGUACAUCAGCUGGUUUAGAUGGUUGCCGGUUAUUAUGCUGCGGGCGAGGUUACCAGACUCGUGUACGAGAUCACGAGGAGAAGUGCCGCUGCCGAUUCGUUUGGUGCUGUCGAGUACACUGUGAAAUAUGCCGCUCCAAACGUGAUCAUCACGUAUGCAAUUAG